AUGGCUUCUCUUCGGCUUCGGCGAACGCCAGCUCUGAGCUCUGCCAUUGCAUCUCCUAGAUACAGCUCUACCCUUCGAGUACGCUGCUACAGUGCCCUGAGGUCGAAACCCUCACCUCGGCAGUCAUGCCUCAUCAGCUCACAUACUGCCGCCGGCUCCUCCUAUGCUUCCCUUUCGCGAUACCAGCAAUUCAGCACUUCUCCCGUCCAGUAUGCAGAGACCGUUGUCAAAGUGCCUCAGAUGGCUGAGUCUAUCUCGGAAGGCACGCUCAGCAGCUUCACCAAACAAGUGGGCGACUACGUUGAGCAGGACGAAGAGAUCGCUUCAAUCGAGACAGACAAGAUCGACGUUUCAGUGAAUGCGCCAGAAGCUGGCAAGAUCACAGAGCUAUUGGUCAGUGAAGGCGACACUGUCACGGUCGGACAGGAAAUCGCAAAGAUCGAGCCUGGUGAGGGCGGCGGCGGAGGUUCCAAAGAGGCCAGCCAAGAACCCAAAGAGCCAGCUUCUGAAGACCAGCCUACAAGUUCACAGCCAGAGGAACCCAAGGAGAAGAAGCCUAAGGAGGAACCUAAGGAGGAACCUAAGGAGGAACCAAAGAAGGAAGAGCCAGCACCGAAGAAGGAGGAGAAGCCGGCGCCACCUAAAGAAGAGAAGAAGCCUGCUUCUCCCAAAGAGGACAAGAAGGACAAGAAACCUGCCCAAGAAGAACCGAAAGGAAUCGACUCGCCUUUCGGAAAGGGUACUAGGAACGAGAAUAGAGUGAAAAUGAACCGCAUGCGUCUAAGGAUUGCAGAACGUCUGAAGCAGUCUCAGAACACUGCAGCAUCGCUGACAACCUUCAACGAAGUCGACAUGUCCAAUAUCAUGGAAUUCCGCAAGCGAUACAAGGACGAGAUCCUGAAAAGUACCGGAGUCAAACUCGGCUUCAUGAGUGCCUUCAGCAAAGCUGCUGUCCUUGCAAUGAAGGAUAUUCCCACCGUCAACGCAUCAAUCGAAGGUCCCGGAGGCGGUGACACCAUCGUCUACAGAGACUUUGUCGAUAUCAGUGUUGCAGUCGCAACGCCCAAGGGUCUUGUAACACCUGUUGUCCGUAAUGCCGAGAGCAUGAACAUGAUCGAAAUCGAAAAGGCCAUUGCAGAGCUAGGCAAGAAGGCUCGAGACGGGAAGUUGUCCAUCGAAGAUAUGGCCGGCGGCACAUUCACCAUCAGCAACGGUGGUGUCUUCGGAUCAAUGAUGGGAACCCCGAUCAUCAACCUACCUCAAACCGCAGUGCUCGGCCUGCACGCUACCAAGGAAAGACCUGUCGUGGUCGAUGGCAAGAUCGAAAUCAGACCGAUGAUGUACCUCGCCCUCACGUACGACCAUCGUCUAUUGGACGGUAGGGAAGCUGUCACAUUCCUGGUGAAGAUCAAGGAAUACAUAGAAGAUCCGAGAAAGAUGCUGCUUGCAUAA